CCUCCUAGUUCCUGAAAGCACACACAGGUCUAUGGAAUCCACGCUUUUCCUCCGCUAUAAUCCCCUGCCUAGCAUGCCCCUACGCAUCUCUUCCCCUCUGAGUGCUACAAGGUUAACCAACCCUAAUUUUAGCUCUAACCAUUAUUCUCUUUCACUACCUAACAGUUCCUACCAGCGUCCACUUAGGCAUGCCUUCAGUCCCGUUGUUUGUGCCAUUAAUAGAUUUCCAGAACCUUCAACAAAUGAAGAAGCUGGUGGUGACAACAAAAUUGUAAGAGGGGCCGUAGGGGUGUCUCUUGUAUUGGCAUGUGUUCUUGGUGUCAUCAGUAGAGGUUGUACGAUGAGUCCAAAAGCCAAUGCGAUUGCGAGUACUCUUAUAAAUCAGCGAAGUGCUUCAUCUUUCAAGAAACUACCUAUAAUCUACCCAGCGGGUGGAAAUGUCGCACUGCAAUCACUUUUCGAUACUACUGUAUACGUGUCUUCACGUCUAGCCGAGCCCAGUAAGUUCAGGCCGUGGAGCACUAUUAAAAGGCCUUCAGCCAAAGACGUUAAAGCCAUUCAGAGAGAGGCAAUGCAGCUAAUAAAAUCUGGGAAGGGUGAUCAAAUAGUGAAGGAGUUCCGAGAGGCAUAUAAGGCUGUUCAGGGUGAUCCGGAGCCUGAAUUCAAUGUGGAGAUGGCAUUGGUUGAAGUUCUUAUGUGUCUGGGGAAAUAUGAAGAAGCCUUAAAAUGCAACUGUCUCAAGAGUCCGAAUGUCCCAGCAGAUGGUCGAGUUCCUCUUUACAAGGCUAUUAUAUACACCAUGUUGGAUAACAAGAUUUCGGCAAAGUAUUGGUGGAGAGAAUACAUAAGGACUGUUGAUGGAGGAAUCCCGAAUUUUCUGAAAGCACACACCGUUCCAUCUUCCAUGGAAUCCACACUUUUCCUCCGCAAUGGCCCCCUGCCCAGCGUACCUCUACGCAUCUCUUUCCCUCUGAGUGCUACAAGGUUAACCAAGCCUAAUUUCAGCUCUAACCACUCCUCUCUUUCACUACCUAACAGUUCCUACCGACGUCCACUUAGGCAUGCCUUCAGUCCCAUUUUUUGUGCAGUAAAUAAGUUCCCAACACCAUCAACGAAUGAUGAAAGUGACAACAAAAUUGUAAGAGGAACCGUAAGGGUGUCUCUUGUAUUGGCAUGUGUUCUUGGUAUCAUCAGUUGUAGGAUGAGUCCAAUUGCCAAUGCAGCUACUUUGAUGACUCAGAGAAAAUCUCCAAUUGUGCCAUCAUCUGAUUUCUACCCAGCGGGUGGGAGACCCGCAAUGAAAUCAUUUUUGGAUACUAGUGCAUACCUGGCUUCACGUCUAACAGAGUCCAAAAAGACAAAGCUGUUUGCGACUAAUAAAAGGCCUUCAGCACAAGAUGUUCAAGCCCUUAAGGAUGAUGCAAUGGAGCUAAUGAAAUCUAAAAAGGGUGAUGAAAUAGUGAAGGAACUGCGAGAAGCAUAUAAGUUCUUUAAGCAUGAUCCGGAGCCUGCAUUCUAUGUGGAGAUGACAUUGGUUGAAGUUCUCAUCUAUCUGGGAAAAUAUGAAGAAGCCUUAGAAUGCAAGUGUCUCAAAAAGCCGGCUAUCAAAGCAGAUGCUCGAGUUCCUCUUUACAAGGCUAUUAUAUAUACUAUGAUGAAUGAAAAGGAAUCUGCUAGGGAAUGCUGGACUGUAUUCAUAAAGGCUAUUGAAGAAGGAUUACCCGGUUAACUCACCUAAUUUUGUUUGCAUAUGCACAAAGUGAGCGGAAUAUUGAGAGCAAGUUGAUUGCAGCCA